AUGUCCGAAGUGAACUAUACCUGUCCAGUCCCUUUCUUCAUGCGGAUGCUCAUCCUCACAACCGCGACCGUGGCAGCGAUCAUCUCCUGGCUUUUCUUAGGGUUCAACGCGGCCCCAACGCGGACUCUUUGCUUCAUUUUUUACACCCUCCAAAUCACUUGGUUUGUGAUUGAUCCUGAAUUUUGCUACAUUUGGUUCUCGCGAACGCAGCCGGAUGGGACCAAGGUGAAGGUGAAGCGCCCGGUCAUCGGGUUUAAGCGUUGCGAGACGGUCAGGGGGUUGGUGGACGAUGAGGAUGAUGGGUAUCGACAUGAGAGGGCUUUUUUGAGGAUAUGA